GUAUAUACGUGGCUGGCGCGCCUCACGGGCUUAAUACACUCACUGGAGUGUGAUUACAACUUUCCUCUACUGCGAUAUGGUCAGACGGUCGGGUGGGAGGUUGUAGGCAAGACAUUGGGCGCGCCAUAUGCUGUGGCUCUCACUGGGUCAUUCGUUUGUAGGUGAGCCAGGGGUGAUAAUUUGUGGUGGGGAAGACGCCUGAACGGUGAAAGAGGCAGGGAAAAAGGGGGACUCAGUGAAGAGUGACAGCGAUGUCGAUUUCGAAGGAUGGAAGAAUUGACAUUGAGAAGCCCAGGUGGGAUCAGGGCACUUAUGUCGGAAGGGCCAAACAUUUUCUCAAUCUCACAAACCCUUUGAAUGUCUUCGCUAGUGAGAAGGACCUCGAUCGAGCCCAUGAAAUCGUCUCCAAGUACAGGAAGGGCGAGUCCCUGGAGCGCUUGAAAAUCACCGAGGAUGAGUUGUGGAGGAAUAAGUACCUCUACGAUAGUGCGUAUCAUCCGGACACUGGCGAGAAAAUGCUCAUCAUCGGGCGGAUGAGCGCCCAGGUGCCCAUGAACAUGAUUAUCACCGGGGCUAUGAUGACGUUUUACAAGUCAACACCGGCUGUGGUAUUUUGGCAAUGGUGUAACCAGUCAUUCAAUGCAAUCGUCAAUUAUACAAAUCGCAGUGGCUCGAGUCCAAUUCCAACGGAGACCCUCGUGAAGAGCUACAUCGGGGCAGUCACGGGUGCUGUAACAACAGCCUUAACGUUGAAUCGCCUUGCUGCCCGGGGACCACCGUUAGCCGGUCGUCUGGUGCCCCUUGCCGCUGUGGCAGCUGCCAAUUGUGUUAACAUUCCAUUAAUGAGAAUUACAGAAUUGAAGGAUGGAAUUGAUCUUUAUAAUGAGAAGGGAGAGAAGGUUGGCAACAGUCCCAAGGCGGCCAGAGAGGCAAUAGCCUCUGUUACUGUCUCCAGAAUUCUAAUGGCCUCUCCCAGUAUGAUUUUAUCUCCAAUAUUGAUGACAUCCCUGGAACGUCGAAAUCUCCUGGCAAAUGCAAAGUGGGCAGCAAUGCCAAUUCAGCUGGCAGUCUGUGGUAUCUGCCUGACAUUCGCGACCCCUCUAUGUUGUGCUUUAUUCGCCCAACAAGUGCCCAUAUCCAUAGACCGUCUAGAGCCCGAGGUGAAAGAGCAAAUUCUGUCUCGUGAUCCGAAUGCCAAAACCCUCAUUUACAACAAAGGCCUAUGAAGAGAUUUUAUUCUCAAAGAAAAUGCAUUUAGAUGUACUCAAACGGGCACUGCCUCAUUGUUGAAUCACGAGUCCGCCCACAUUAAUUCCAAUUAUUUUCAACAAUUUUGUGGUGCGGAUGCAUAAACAAGAUUACCAAGCAUUUAAAUGAAUCAUCAGAUUUGUGAAUGUUGUUGAGUAAAAGCGGAUAUUUCUAGAUUUGAGUGACUACGGUUUAAUCUCGAUGGUGAAUCUCUUUGGAGCUCUAUUUUCGCUCCAACAAGGAGUGAUUGGUUGUAAGGGUGUAAUGAUGUAUGUACUUAUGCGGUUGACCCGCAUGGCAACGCUACAAGACACCCACACGGCUUGGGUAGAAACGCAGACAAUAAUACUAAAUGAAUAAAAAUAUCAGUGGUAUAAAUGGAGA